AUGUACCAUUCAUCCGAAGUGUUUCACUCGUUCAGCAAGGUCAUCGUUUUACGCGAGGGACAUCUGUUCUUCUUCGGGACGGUGGAGCAACUCUCUUCCCAGCUGAACAAGUUCGGGCACGGAUGCCCCAGCGAGUACAACCUGGCAGACCACGUCAUGUUCCUGCUGAUGACACAGCAGGAGACCAAGAUCGCAACUCUUGAGGGGAGCCUCCGCCUGGAGUACGAGUCCAACGGCACGCCAGCGAAGGGCGAGGCCCCAGCCGAGAGGGCAGAGGAUGAAGACCUUGGGACUGCUGCCGGCUUCUGCACGCAGCUCCUGGCGCUGUCCCGGAGGGAGGCCUCGUCGGUGUGGCGAGACAAGCCUGGUUUGAUCGCAUCGGUGUUGAUCCCGCUGAUACUGAACUUGUUCUUCGCGUUCAUAUUCUUCCAGGUCGGCGACACUUCGCAGGACAACUACGACUCCCAAUCGCACUUCGGUGCGAUCGCCCAGGUCGCCAUCAGCGGCAUGUUCGGCGCGGCCCAGCCACUCCUGCUCCGGUUCCCCUUGGACCGCGGCAUCUUCCUCCGUGAGUACUCCACAUGCACCUACGGGGCCUUGCCAUAUUCUCUGUCGAAAAGCAUGGUGGAGCUGCCGCAGUCAUUGCUGAACUCCAUCAUCAUUUGGGGCAGCUGCCAUAUAAUCAUGGGUCUGCACGGCAACUUUAUCGACUACGUUCUCAUCUUCUGGAUCACGGGCAUGGCGGCCUCGUCUGUAGCCUUGCUCGUGGGCAGCAUCGCAGCGAACGCGGAGGUAGCCAACCAGGCGGCACCCGCGAUCUUUGUGCCGCAGCUCCUCUUCGCGGGCUUCUUCAUCAAGAUCGACAAUGUGCCUGUCUUCCUCCGCUGGGUCCAGUACAUCUGUGCGCUCAAGUACGGCAUGAACCUGUUCCUCCUCAACGAGUUCGGCGAGGAUGCCCGGAAGGACUGGCCCGCCGAGGAUCAGAUGAUGGCCGAGAGGUUCAUCACGACGAAUGAGGUCGAGCCGGGCCACAGGUGGCUGUAUGUUGCCAUCCUCAUCGCGAUCGUCAUCGUAGUUCGCGCGAUUUCUUUGUUUGUGCUAGCCAAGCGGGCGUCAUCCUUCUUCUGA